UGGGAAAAGGUUGUAAACCUGUUCAGCCUGAUUAAAUAUUCCCAGAUGGGACUCUAACCUGUUAAACUAAAUACCACAGACUCUGUUCCUGGGAACUUGCCUAUCUAUCACCAACUCGCAACGUCCCGAGCCCGCCAUCGUGUCGGAAAUCCGUCAAUCCGUCAAUAAACCGCAGAAGUCUUGUGCCGUAAAACCGCCAACAUGGAGUCGUUGUCUAUUGCGGGUGCUUCCAAUGACAUUUUUAUGCCGAUCUUCAAUAUUAAAUAUGUAAAGACGGUUGUGGACUUGAGCUUAAAUACUCCAUUGUCCAUUGUACAUGUACACACCACUUCCAUCCACAAGGUUAUUAUACCAGCACCUAACUAAAUAACGCCUGACAACUGCGUCCCAAAAUGGAGCCUGUCCCGCAGCCUCUGAUGCCUCCUUUUCCUUUCAGUAUUGUUCUAAAUGAGGACACCCCAAUUAAAUCCGUCCGAGUGGCGGUAGAUUUGGAAGCUUAUUCCCCUGACACCUUGGGCAAUAAUUGGUCCAUCUACUUGCUUCAUCGUGAUGUCCCGUCGUCAGUUCGUAUCAAUAUGCAUGCUGAACCUGGCCAGAUGAAUAGGAUCCUCCGAUACCAGAAAUAUGACCAUUUUUGCAGCCCUGCCCUCGAGUUCCGGGACUUUGAAAUCACCCCAAUAAAUCCAGUCACCGUCUCGUACAUCGCAUCAAUAAACCCAGUCACCGUCGCGGACAUCGCAACAAUAGACCCAUACACCACCGCGGCCAUCGCAGACGCAAAACCAGUCACCGUCGCGCACAUCGCAAAGCUACUCGAAUAUGAGGGCCGUGGCGAAUAUCAAAUACCUUCUGGCUGGGACACUCGGCCGUGGGUGUAUACCAUGGUUUACGACCUCGUGAAUCACCACUACAUCUCCAGUGACGCCUUACGCAGUGUCAGCGAUAUACUACAAUAUUGGUAUGUCGCCCCGGACGUGAGAGUCUACUCACACAUUUCCCUGGAAGUACUCGCACGACUGAAGCGGUGCGAGAGUGAGGAGCACGCGAUCAAUGCCGUAGCUAGACCUCCGAGACCAUAUCUAUGGCCUGGACGAGAAGAGAUGGAAUGAGGAUACGAUACUGUUGGUGGAUACUCCCAACGAGAUUUUAUUGUAUGGAGCAGAUUGGCAGGUGUUAGUUCCCUUUUUUUUUUUUUUUUUUUUUUUUUC